CUCGUCAAUAGAAAAUCACGUAAGUAAUUGCUGUUCGGAAAUUGGAGCUGAAGAGCAGCGGACAGACGUCUUGCUUAGACCGAUGUUUCGCAGUCGACCGUCGUCACUCAUCACUCGCCGUUCUGUCGCAACGAGGAUCUUGGACGCGUUGUAGCAUUUCAUCACUUUUGUUAGAGUAAUUGUAUUUUUGUCGUUUGGGAAUAUCGUGCUGAGACAUCAUGCCAAAGAAUAAGGGAAAGGGAGGUAAAAACCGGAGAAGAGGAAAGAACGAGAAUGAGACUGAGAAGAGAGAACUGGUGUUUAAGGAGGAUGGACAAGAAUACGCCCAGGUGACAAAAAUGCUAGGCAAUGGUAGGCUAGAGGCCAUGUGCUUUGAUGGAGUCAAACGGUUGUGCCACAUCCGUGGCAAGCUGCGGAAGAAGGUAUGGAUUAAUCAGGGAGACAUCAUAUUGAUCGGAUUGCGAGAUUAUCAGGAUGCUAAGGCGGAUGUCAUCUUGAAGUACACGUCCGACGAAGCACGUAAUUUGAAGACGUAUGGCGAAUUCCCAGAAACUGUACGUAUCAAUGACACAGUGACCUUUGUGGAAGAUGGAUUUGAUGAAGACAUUGAAUUUGGUGAUGAAAUUAGUGAUGAUGAUGAAGAUGAUGUUGACAACAUCUGAUGACCUGCAGUGUAAUAAUAAUUAAAAAAGUACAUUGUAAAGAAAGUGCAUGAGGACAUUCAUUUCACAAAAUACAAUUAUAUAGAGUCAAAGUUUUCUUCUAUUGAGUAGCUCAUCUCCCUGUAUGUAUCUAUAAAUAAAUCGUCAAUUUAUGGAUAACAUCGUGUUCCAAUUUGAGUAGUCGUUUUUGAUAUUUGUAAAUUUUUAUAGGAACACAAGUUCAUUCAAAUAGCAAAAUUACAUGAUAUUUAGCAUAUUGAAUUAAAUUUCGUACACCAGAUUAGCUAGAUUUUACGUUCGUGUACGUAAUACCUUUGUAUAAUCUUUGUAUAUUUCUUUUUUAUUUACGUCAUGUAUUAUCUGCCAAUUCGUGAAAUAUACAUGUACAUUAUUUAAACAGAAAAUGAAAUAUUACUAUGUAUAUCAUGCAAUAAGUACUCUUUAUAUGUUAAAAUGUUUUUCACUAAAAAUUGUCCAGAAGUUUAAGAAAUUAUCGAGAAGCGAAGUAAUGUACAACAAUUUGAUUUGUUAAAUUUUGAUGAAAUUUUAGAACUACAUUAGUGUACAUGUUAAAUUAAUAAAUUAAAUGGCGUGUGAAGGGAGGACAGGUUGUCAGUGAUUUUUCUGUCUUAGUAUCAUUUUAACUUUGAUCAAUAAUGCACGUUGUUAAUAGUAAUAUAGCUAUUCAAUACAGCAAAUGAUGUAUGCCAGAUAAUUUUUAGGACAUGCGUUAUGUAUCAGUGCAAUCGUUCAAUGUGUGCUAUUCUUCAUUGUAUCAGAAGGGGACUACAGUUGCUGCAUUUCAACAUUAACAACAAUUUUAUCGGAUAUUAGCAACAACGAAAGUGGGCAGUUAUUUGUAUCGUUUUUGUUUCUAUGAGAGAACAAAUUUUGAAAUAAUAUUGUUUAGUUGUUUAUAAUACAAUUGAGCGGAUAAUUUGAUAGUGGUUUUGGACUUUUUUCAUGUUAAAUAAAAUUACAUAUGUAAAUGAA